GACAAACAGCAUAUCCAAUAACUUUUCUUUCUUUGCAACUCUGACUUGCAUUCGUGAGAAAUAUGACUUGCUCAAGUAGCGAUGAAGUAGGAAGAGGGGACUCUUCCACAGUCCGGCAGAGGAUUUGUACCCGCUCUGCAUGCUGUUCCCCCUCUUCACCAGAGAACAAAUGCUGUGAUGACAAUUGCGUUGUCAAAAUCGCACGUCGGGAAUGCAAGAAUGAGCACAAUCAUCGAAACAAGCUUCCCUCGAGCUCGCAAUCUUCCAUUCCACUUCCAUCCGAUGAAGAACCAUGCCAGAGCCACCUUUCUAAAGCAAAGGCUGCAUAUAGCGAGAUAUUGAACAACUUCGGGUGUAUUUGCAAGGUCUUGCUUUCCUUGAAUUUGGAAUCGUGCUGUGCUCUGGAGUCUGGGACUGUUCGGCGCAAGAGUUUGGAGAAGGAUGGAUUCUUGACGGGAAUUAGAAAAGCUUCUAGUGGAGGUAGUUCUGUCAAGUCAGUUGGAGGCGCUUCAUGUGCUGAAAAGUUGUACUGCUCUCCCCCGAAGGACGAGUUGGUGAACGCGGUGACGAAAAUAAACACCUGUUGCUCUACACCACCAGAGAAAACUGGAAGCGAUAUUGGAAUCAAUUCUGCUGCAAAAGCUAGGCCCAGGAGUGAUGUCAAAACCAGUCCCAAGCAAAUCAAAGAGGGUUCGGACUGCUGUGUGGAGGAGACAAGUUUCAAUGAUCAAGCUCCUGCUUCGGAUUGUGGUAAAGGAUGCUGUUCUGAACCUGAUGUAGGACAAGCCGUUACAUCGAGAUCUAUAAGUAGUUGUGGCAAAGGUAGCUGUUCUAAACCAGCUGUGGAUCCGGUUAGCAUCGCUGCACCUUUAGAUGAUUGCAAAAAAGGCUGCUGCUCAGAGCCAACCUCGACUCCACCGGACAAAGAGUCGACAUUGGAUAGAUGCUGUCCUACUGAAGUUCAAGCUGGGAAACACACUAUCCUGGGAGUGGAAGAAGCAAAUGGUCGUAAAAUUGUAUGCCAGGAUCUCUUGAAUCCGGCUGGAAAACCUCUAGUCACUAGAGAAGCUUGCUGUUCCAAAACCAUUUCUGGAGGUAACAAAUGCUCCCAAGACAUUGAAAUUUUACCCUACACCUCGAAAACUAGCGCCGAUCAGGUGGACUUGGAAAAGGGUGUUCUUCAAGUCGAACAUCUCAUCAUCAGUGUCCAAGGGAUGACCUGUACUGGCUGCGAAAAAUCACUCUCCAAAGCUCUGACUUCAAUGCCAGCGGUUUCUAAUAUCAAAACUAGCCUUAUCUUGGGUCGUGCAGAAUUUGACAUUUGUGCAAGCUCGGCCGAUAUCAAAGUUACUGAAACUAUCAAGUCUAUCGAGAAAAUGACUGGAUUUACUUGCUCGAAAAUGACAUUGUCUGGGCACGAGCUGGACCUUAUUGUGGAAGACCCUACAAUCUUUAUAGGCGACAAAGAACUACCAUAUGGAAUUUCGGGUAUCGUCGUACACGAUACUCGCACUAUUCGAGUUACCUAUCAUCCAGAGGUUCUUGGCGCAAGAGAUUUGAUGGGCAAUCCAUUUUUUGAAUUAGCCAAGCUAGCCCCAAUGACAGCCCCUCCUCUCAUCACAUCUGGAAGAGCACAUCUUCGCUUGAUGCUAUUCAAGACGCUGGUCUCUAUAGUGUUGACUAUUCCUGUGCUUAUUAUGGCAUGGGCCGAGCUUCCUCCUCGAGAAAUCGCUUAUGGAGCUGCUUCACUAGUCCUCGCAACAAUUGUGCAGGUGUACAUUGCUGGUCCAUGGUAUUCCAGCGCUUUCAAAGCGCUGUUUUUCUCACAUCUCAUUGAAGUAGACUUUCUUGUGGUUCUCUCUACGUCAAUCGCGUACAUAUACUCCAUCAUUGCCUACGCUCGCCUAGCUUAUGAAAAGCCUCUUUCAACUGGGAGUUUCUUCGAAACCAGUACGCUACUGGUAACAUUGGUAAUGGUGGGACGUCUUGUGACUAGUUUAGCAAGACAGCGAGCUGUGGAGUCGAUUUCUAUCGAAUCACUUCAACCCUCAACUGCAAUUCUCAUAGAUUCAAAUUCGGACUCUCUAAAUGAGAUUGAUGCGCGGCUCUUGCAAUAUGGAGAUGUAUUUGUCGUGUCGCCUGAUUCAUCAGUCGCCACAGAUGGGACUGUUAUCUCCGGCAUAUCGGACGUCGACGAGUCUAUGAUCACGGGCGAGGCUACCUUGGUGGCCAAACAGCCCGGUUCCCCGGUUGUUGCCGGGUCUACAAAUCACUCUGGAACCUUAAAAGUUCGCCUAACCCGUCUUAUGGGAGACAAUACAAUCAAAUCAAUUGGUUUAAUGGUAGACGAGGCAAAAUCUUCCAAAGCCAGAUUCCAAGAUAUGGCAGAUAGAGUAGCGGCAUACUUUGUCCCAAUUAUUCUUGUUCUCACAGUCAUUGUAUUUGUUGUCAGAGUAGGGGUCGGUAAAGGAAUUCUAGAUUAUUCAACGACAACUGCAUGCAUCAACGCCAUGACUUACGCUAUCUCCGCCCUCAUCGUGUCAUGUCCAUGCGCAAUCGGCCUAGCUGUUCCUAUGGUUCUGGUUAUUGCCGGUGGAGUGGCUGCUAAAAACGGCGUGAUCUUCAAGUCAGCAGAAACCAUUGAAAGGGCUAGAAACAUCUCUCAUGUCGUAUUCGACAAGACGGGUACCCUCACACAGGGGCUACUCGCAGUGGAGAGAGAAACAUAUCCAACCGGUGAAGGAAUCACACUCGGACCAAUGAUUCUUGGUUUGACAAGUAGUAGCAAGCAUCCUGUGUCGUCAGCCAUAGCAGCUCAUCUGAAGUUAACUGUCACCAAAGCAGAUGAGCUGAAGGAAAUCACCUCGAUUGUGGGCUGUGGAAUUGAAGCUACCUGGGGAGAAGAAAAAAUCCGUGCGGGAAAUCCAUACUGGCUUGGUGUUGAAAACCUACCAGCGGUCACGAAUCUCCUCUCCCUGGGGGUCUCUAUCUUUUGCAUCACUGUCAACAAAAAUCUUGUUGCAGUGUAUGGUCUUAAGGAUAGACUUCGUCCAGAUGCCACGGCUGUUAUCAACGAGUUGAGGCGACGGAACAUCGAGAUUUCUAUUAUUAGUGGUGACAAUGAAGAGUCUGUCAAGUCUGUUUCUCGAACUCUCAACCUUCCUGAAAGUAAUGUGCGCUUUCAAUGCAGUCCAGCCGACAAGCAGACAUACAUCAAGGAAAUAUCGACUGCAAAAAAUAUUGUGAUGUUUUGCGGUGAUGGAACGAACGAUGCUGUGGCACUUGCUCAAGCAUCUAUUGGCGUGCAUAUCAAUGGAAGCACAGGUAUCGCUCAAAAUGCAGCAGAUGCCGUUCUCAUCCGACCAGCUCUGAGUGGAGUUAUCGUCCUUAUCGAUCUUUCUAAGACCUUUUAUCGACGAGUUGUCUUCAACUUUACUUGGUCGUUUGUUUACAACACCUUCGCGAUUCUUUUGGCCGCAGGAGCAUUUCCAAAUGCAAGAAUCCCACCUCAGUAUGCUGGUCUGGGCGAGAUUUUAAGCGUUUUGCCAGUUAUUGCUAUUGGGGUGCAACUGAGGUGGGCUAGUUUUACCAAUUUUAAGGUCUAAGUUGGCUUGUGCUUGGUGGUGAUGGGCAGGACUUCGUUUAAAUACCGCAUUCGUUAAUUGGCCUGGUAAACUACCAUAAGCUCUUCCAAUUUGGGCACUCAAUAAACUCUACAAUAUAGAUACUUGUGACUAAUAUCACGUGCUUAGGUGAUAUCUCAUCACGCUUACCUUGGGAUCUCUCUCUUCAACUUUUUUGUUCUGGUAAUUUGACCUCUAUCGAUGUGCUCUAAUAUAAUCUAAGGAGUAUGAAAGUAGAAGAAGUGUGAUUCUUAGGAUACAAGAGUGAUUAAAUGUCAUUUGAGGGAAAUAAGAUUGAUUUGUCGUAUGGUGGAUUUAGAACUGAAAUUGAAAACAAUGUUUUACGAUUUAAUAGAGUCAUGGGGGGGUUGAGAGGAGAUAAGGUCUACGUGAGGGUGCUAUGAACUUCUGCACGCACCCUUUCAUCUAUAUAAUGUUAUUCUUGAGAAUUGAAUUGCCCUAAAGUAAACAAAUAUCAACUUCCGGAUCAAACGGAAUUUGAGCACUUGUUAAAUUGUUCGGAGGACGAAUUGUAUAUUCGCAUGCUUACAAAUUUAUACACAAUAGCAAUUCUUACCGAGGUUCA